UCAUAAGAGUUUCUGGUAACACUUUAUUUUACAGUGUCAUUGUUACAUAUGUUUCAUGUACUUACCAUAGUAAUAACAGUAAAUUAUGCAUAAUUACAUGCAACUAACCCUCAACCAAACUCUAAUCCUACCCUAACCCUAAAGGUAAGUACAUGUUAUUAAUUAAUAUUACUCAGUACUUAAAUCAAUAAUUACACUGUAACAAUGACACCUUAAAAUAAAGUGUAACCCAGUUUCUUAAAUGAUAUUAAAGUAAUUUCAUGAUGUCUAAGACCCAAAACUUUGAGUGCAUGCGUGUUAAUGAUGCAGCAGAGUGUGGCACACUUGGACACUUACUAUUUGGAAAGAAGGUUGUGGAUCAACAGAGCAGUAAUGUACAAUUACAGUUUCUCCUCAGGACAAACCAAAAUGGAAAACAUUUAGUUUCUAUUUCAAUGGUUUUCUUUUUGCACGUAUUGCAGGUCUCUGCUAGCAGGCAGAAGCAGCGAGGAGGGACGGCCCCAACGGAGAGGAGGCAGUUCUGUAGCUGGCCGUGUAAGUGUGGUGUUCGGCAGCCAUGCGCCCCUGGUGUCAGCUCCAUCUUGGACGGCUGCGGCUGCUGCAAAACGUGUGCACGGCAGAUUGGGGAAUCAUGCAAUGAGAGGGACGUCUGUGACCCUCACAAGAGCAUGUACUGUGACUUUUCCAAAGACCAGCCGCGUUAUGAGGUUGGCAUCUGUGCUUACAUGAUGGGGGUUGGUUGCGACCUGAAUGGGGCUCACUAUGAUAACGGACAGGCUUUCCAGCCCAACCCUCUCUACAAAUGCACUUGCAUCGCUGGAGCCAUCGGCUGUACCCCUGCCUUCAUCCAAAAGCCGGCAGGAAUGUUGAGUCCUGCUGUGCUCCAGGGCAACUUGCCAGCAGGACUCAAGAGUAAUCAAAGCCCCAAACACCAACAGGACACCACCUACAGGACCAUGUCAGCUUACAGGGAUCCUCCCUUAGCCUGGAAGAAGAACUGUUUGGUCCAAACCACACCCUGGUCACCCUGUUCACGCACCUGCGGCAUCGGCAUCUCUGUACGAGUCAACAACAACAACGGCAAGUGUGAGAUGAGAAAAGAGCGCCGACUCUGUCUGCUUCGACCAUGUGAUAAAAAUGCUCUAAAGGGACUGAAGAUGCCGAGAGGGAAAACCUGCAGAGCAAAGUUCCAGGCCAGUAAAGCGGAGAAGCUCACGCUGUCUGGCUGUAGCAGCGUUAAGAAGUACCGGCUAACGUACUGCGGCAUCUGCACAGACAAACGCUGCUGCCUUCCCAACAAGGCCACAAUGCUGAACAUAGACUUCCACUGCAAAGGAGGAUCUAACGUACGCUGGAAGAUGCAGUGGAUCACGUCUUGUGUGUGUCAGAGGAAGUGUAACGGUGACGACGACAUGUUCUCAGAGCUGCACUUAAUAUAAAACAGAG